AUGGAUGUGUGGAUCGUGCAAUACUGCCAAAAAAAGCCUGAAUUUGGUUUUGGCAAUCACGAUUUUAUUGUCCCAUAUUGUUCUCAAUACCCCGUUUCACAUUCGUCGUUAAGUGGCUAUCGCUCAUCAAAUUAUUAUCAACAAACACAACAACAACAUUCACAUAAUUAUUAUCCGGCUAUGCAAGCAAUGCAACCGAAUGCAAAGGAUACAACUUAUCAGAAAAUAUUUGUUGGUGGACUUCCGUAUCAUACAACAGAUGAAACAUUAAGAAAAUAUUUUGAAAAAUAUGGUGAUAUAGAAGAAGCUGUUGUUAUUCUUGAUCGAUCAACGGGGAAAAGCAGAGGAUACGGUUUUGUGACAAUGGUUACAAGAGAGUCAGCACAAGAAGCGACUAAAGACCCAAAUCCAACGAUAGAUGGACGACGUGCUAAUGUAAAUUUGGCGUAUAUUGGUGCUAAAAAUCGAAUAAGUAGUCCAGCUUCAAAUUUGUUUGCAUAUACUUCAGCCGUACGUGCAUUACCAUCGAAUUAUCAAACAGCUUAUGGAACAACACCGCUCGUCUAUUAUCCCGUGUCAUCAUCAAAUCAACUUUAUUUGACAGCAGCAUCCCAAAAUAAUUGGCAAAAUUUGAUAUUACCAAAUCUAUCAACACAAUCAUUGCAAAAUGUUGCAUCUGGUCAAUUUACAUCAUCGGCGUUGCCAAUUAAUGGUACCAGUACAUUAUCGGCAUUGAAUUCUGUCGGGCAAUCAACAACGCCACAAAAUUUAUAUGAUGUAACAACAUUGUUGUCUAGUCCAGGUCCAACAACGUUAUUUGAAACUGUACCAUCAACAUCAUCGACGACAGCACAAAAUGGAGCCGGUGUUACAUGUUUACCUGCGACAUAUUGGCCAACAUUUCCAUCGCAUUUACAAAAUUAA